CAUAUUGAUCUGUGCAGUGUACUGAAUGGCGUUUGUUACACUGUGAUAGGUGUAAAUUAUUGUCCAGCUGAAGCUGCUGAUGCUCUAAAAAGGACACAAUCUUGUCACGUGGUACCAGUAACCUUUCACAGCGCUGAUCUGGUGUUAUUACUGAAAAAGUCUUGUAUUUAAUCAUUUUAUAGAGAUUUCUCUGGCGGUUUUACAUUAAUUACAUUGUAGGUCUGUAUCAGUCUGUGCAUUUGGUAGGUUAAAAUAAGUAUAUGUUUUAUAGUACAAAUGUCUUCAAUGAGACCAAAAGCAUGAACGAUUUGAAUGAAUGGGGCCGUCUCAGUUUCGAAAAAGCGCCCUCUAGAGGAAGACAACUUUCAAUAGGAUAUGGCUAUGAAGUAGCCGCUUUGUAGCAAAAAAAAAAAAACUUGCCUGACACUUGUUUAGAUUGUUUCCAGGGGGAAAUGAUUUCAGUGACACCUGCUUUAAUUUAGCGCGGUAGGACUGACUGACUCUCGUUUGUGGUAAGUGGCGCGGCCUUUAUAUUGCAUUUGGAAAUAACGUUGCUUUUGUUUAAAAAUAAAUAAAAAUAAUUGAAUGGAUUCGUACGUUUUAAAAUUGUAGCCGGGUUCAGUAUUUAUGGUGCCUUGCAAAGGACUAACAAUAAAGAUGAAAUGUUCCCAUCAUCAGCUGAAAAUUCAGGGAAAUGCUACAGUCAGCCAUUAUUUGGAUCGUUUGCAUCCUCCGAGUCUUUUGAGACCAAUGGCUCUGACAGAUAUGGUGCCUUUGAAUCUUUUGGACAUGGGGCCUUGAGCACUGAAGAUGCAGAUAGUGUUUUUGAUCAUUCUAAUGAAGGGUUCAGUGACUCCUGUUCAUCCACCUGGGCUGCAGACAUCUUGUCAAACUGGGACAGGUCCUACGUCAUGUCUUCUCAGAGGUCCAGGUCUCCAUUUUCAGACAGUGGCAGAGAGAGUCAAUACUCAGCAUCUAAUCUCUCUGAUUCCUCCAGCUUGUAUUCUUCUUCACACUCUCGGCCUGUGCCGAUUGGCUCACGGGGCAGAAACAUGCACCCAUACGUGCACAGAAACUACCGGGGAAGAGGAGCUGAGGCCGAAGGACAAGGUGUAAGGUGCUCAAGUCAGAACCCAUCUAUUCGCAUAGAGAGAUACUACUCAACAUCAGCUGCUCUAGUGUUUCGAGGGACCAAGAGGAAGAUGAUGGAACCAGUACCUCCUCGCAAGUUGGUUAAAAAAAAGAGGAUCGUCAAAGCAGCUCCCAAUAUAAGCAGCAUUGUGGGACCACACAUUUCAAAGGACAGUUGUAUUUAUUCCAAUACCAAGGAAUCAAAUGGAGAGCAUGAGCUUAAAAAAAAAGUUGGAGCCCGAGAGAAGCGCAGAAGACGACGAGAGAAGAAUCAUGAAAAAUAUGGAGAUAAGCACAGGUGGGCUUUUACAUGUGCUUUUUGUAAAUUCCACACGUUUGAAGACAAAGACAUUGAGAAACACUUUGGAAGCACAUAUCACAGAGAGACUCUUGACUAUAUAAGACGGCAAGCCAAAUUUGAUGACAAGGUCAUCAGUUUUUUGCAUGAUUGCAUGGUUCACAAAUUUCGUAAAACUGUCUCUACUCUACACAAACUAAAGUUUUCCUGUGGACGAAGCAAAGAUGAGUGGGCUAAAAUAAUGGAAGGGGUGACAGAAGAUGAUUACAUGAGAAGGAUGGAGGUGGUUUACUGUGUUGCGUGUGACAGUUACAUUCCUGUGGUUUUCAGCUCUGUACAGCAACAUCUUCAUUCACUCACUCACCUCAAGAGCAAAAUGGCUUACAAGGAGCAGUUAAAAAGAGACAGCGUGGUCACAGCCAAAGCCAUAAUAAAUAAUGAUAAUGUGAAAGUGCGCUAUGAGAAGUACAUGAAGGGAGAAGACCCAUUUGCAUCGGAUGCCAAAGACACAAGUUCUGAUUCUCAGGACCCCGAAAGAUCUGAUGAGGCGGAGGAAGAUGAAGAAGAGAACAGUGACUCAUAAGAAUGGAUAUAAGGAGUAUUGAAUGGAGAAAAAGAGAAAAGAGGGCCAGGCUCUUUCUACGGUAGUUUCUUGUUCUAUAACUUCAAAUGCUCAGAUGACCUUAUAAUGUAAAAUGCCUGAGAUUAAUUUCAUAAUUUUGAGUUCAUAAUUCAGUUUACAUUGAUCCACACUUAUAAGUGUAGGCUAGUUUUCCUCUUAAAGUGUAGGCAUUUUCUUUUCUUUUCCUUUUUUUUUUUUUUUUUUUUCUCAAAUUGUACUCUUCACAGUGCAGUCUGAGAUUAAUUCUGUCUACUUGAGUCAAGUUGAACUGUCUCUGUAGUAUGUGCAUGUUUGUAGUAAAAAUAUUUUGCCACUGUUCCGAAUGCAAUUAAACUUUACAGUAUUAAAUAUGAAUGAAGGUGUUACAUUUUGUUACUUCCUAUAAUAUUUGGUAUUGGAAUUUUGCCUUUUCACUGUUUGUUCUGAGAUGAUCUGUUGACCAUUAAAUUUUCACUUUACACCAGA